UAUUACAAACACAGCAGCGCAGCAGUUUAUUUUAGCUACCGCAGCGCCUUCAAAUAUAAACUAAAUAAGUUUCGCAUUAUUUUUGCGCUUGGGACGCCGCGUAACAAAGCUAGUACACUAAUGUCCAUAACCUUACUGCGAGGUGGCAAGCAAAAGACAACCACUUGCGUAGGAAUGACCGUAAUGGCCAAGACUACGAUCGAAGAAAUAUGCGAGAAUGCCAAAUUAGCGCGGGACAUGGCUCUGACGGGCAACUACGACUCGGCCUGCAUCUACUACGAGGGCCUCCAGGGGCUGCUCGCCCGCCAGCUCAAGGCCACUGCGGAUCCGCUGCGCAAGGGCAAGUGGAGCAUGAUUAACCAGCAGAUAAGUCAGGAGCACGCCAAGAUCAAGGCCAUCCAGCGAACCCUACAAGACAUCUCGCUGGACCUGCAGAGCACCAAAUUCGCCCACAAGCUUCGCCACCAGCUCAGCGAAGAGAGCACCAGCAGCAAAGACCCAUCCGCCUGGUUUAAGCCGGACCCCGACAUUUGGACGCCCCCGCCAAAGGAUCCCGAUGUGUGGGGUCCUCCGAAACCACCACCCACCACACAGGCCGUGGGCCGACGCGCCGCCCCGAACAACCGCCGCAAUGCUCCGGCCUCUCAGAACAGCCGCCCCAGCAGCACAAUCCCACAGAGCACUGCCCGGAACGGUCCUGCCUCGACACGCAACUCCCGAAGCUCGACGUCGGCCGCAGCACCGAACAGUGGAGCACGCAUGACCAACGGACGGGCUGGCGGACGGAAGCUGUCCACGUCGAACAACAACGAGGCUAGGGACGACGACUCCACCGCUGCAGGCAGCAAUGGUGGAGGAGCCGGUGGCGAGGGAGAGAGUGGCGACCAGCAGGCCGCCCAGGAGGAGGAGCGCAAGUUCCAGCCCAACAAUCACAUUGAAGCAGAGCUAGUCGACAUUCUUGAACGUGAUAUUCUUCAAAAGGAUCCUAAAGUGCGCUGGAGCGACAUUGCCGACCUACACGACGCCAAGCGGCUGCUGGAGGAGGCCGUCGUGCUACCCAUGCUCAUGCCGGACUACUUCAAGGGUAUCCGGCGACCCUGGAAGGGUGUGCUAAUGGUGGGACCUCCCGGCACAGGCAAGACAAUGCUCGCCAAAGCGGUGGCAACCGAAUGCGGAACCACAUUCUUCAACGUGAGCUCGGCCACGCUCACAUCCAAGUACCGCGGCGAGUCAGAGAAGAUGGUGCGCCUGCUGUUUGAGAUGGCGCGAUUCUAUGCGCCCAGCACAAUCUUCAUCGACGAGAUCGACUCCCUGUGUUCGCGUAGAGGGUCGGAAUCGGAGCACGAGGCCUCGCGACGCGUCAAGUCGGAGCUGCUGGUCCAAAUGGACGGCGUGGGUGGAGGAGAGGAACAGGCCAAGGUAGUGAUGGUGCUGGCCGCUACAAACUUUCCCUGGGAUAUCGAUGAGGCGUUGCGACGCCGGUUGGAGAAGCGCAUUUACAUCCCACUGCCAUCGGACGAAGGCCGCGAGGCGCUGUUAAAGAUCAAUCUGCGCGAGGUCAAGGUGGAUGAUAGUGUCGAUCUGACCUACGUAGCCAACGAGCUAAAGGGGUACUCCGGAGCCGACAUCACAAACGUGUGCAGGGAGGCCAGUAUGAUGUCGAUGCGUCGGAAGAUCGCCGGCCUUACACCAGAGCAAAUUCGACAGUUGGCAACUGAGGAGGUGGACCUGCCCGUGUCGAACAAGGACUUCAACGAGGCCAUGAGUCGCUGCAACAAGAGCGUGUCCCGCGCGGACCUGGACAAGUACGAGAAGUGGAUGAAGGAGUUCGGAUCGUCAUGAUGGCGUUGCCCACGGAAAUGGCUAGCAAUUGUAGGAAUAUAUUUUUGAAUAGCCUUAAAUACGCGCUUAAGUCAUUAAGCUUUUAAAGUGAGAACCGAACCGAUCCAAGCCGAACGGAAGAGUUGAACAUAUUUUAUAUAUAACAUUUUGCAUAAAACGAUACAAUCUAUAUAUUUACAUAUAUACAUUGAACCAGAGGCCGUUGGAAUUAUAAAAGACUAACCGUUCUCAAAGAGGAAACACAAAUGCAACACUGAAAUUGAAUCGAAGUCGAGAGAUAGGCAAUAUGUUUAUAUAUACAUAACAAACACCCACACACUCCAUGAAGCACAAUCCUUCCAACUAAUCGUUAACCCACAAUCACAAUCUAUAUGCAGUAAGAAAUCGCUUUAAUCGCCGCCUAGCCUUGGCCCCAUACUCCCAUAAUAUGCACACUCCAAACCGUUUCAUUUUUAUUCAAAAGUUUAUUUUUAACAAGAAAUGUUCACUGUCUAAUAUUAAUGUUAAUUUUCGCUUAAUUUAUACAUAUACAUAUAUCAUAGUUUAGUGCAGGCAGAGAUGUAGAGCACCUCAAAUGUUAGUUUUAAAACAGGCAGAACGUUCCCUCUGAUUUGCAAUUAACCCACGGUAAUCAGAAGAAGAAACUGAAGCAAUAUGUACUUAAAGUGAGGAUUCUGAAAUUUUAAACAAUAAACACAGUUUUUAACUAUAA